GCUCAAGCUCGCCCAGAUGGUAUCACUGCUGAUUGGAUUCAUCUGUGUCAAUAGCUCAGUGUGGACAGAUUACAGUGCCUACAGCUACUUUCAGAUUGUCAGCAUAUGUGACUUGAUUAUGAUUGGUAUCUUUUACUUGGUCUACAUUUUCCGAGUUUACAAAAUGCUUAGCUGCAUUAGCUGGCCUCUUGCAGAAUUUCUGCAUUAUUUAAUUGGUACAGUUCUGCUUUUCAUUGCAUGUAUUGUGGCAGCGUCCAAGAGCUACAAUCAAUCAGGACUCGUAGCUGGAGCGGUCUUCGGUUUCCUAGCUACAUUCCUUUGCAUAUUGAGCAUGUGGUCAUCUUACAAGGUCUCUUGUGUUACUCAGUCAACAGCUAUUCAAGAAAGAAUUCCUUCAGCAACCGAGCCAACUGUGCCUUGCCCUUUCUCAUCAGCCUCCUCACUGACUGUGGCAGCAGGACAGCAUGUCCUACGGAUGCAGGACAGCAUGGUUCAUGGAGGCCACAUCGUGCUGAGAGUUUCAAAAGGAAGGUGAGCUCUCUGGCAAUUGAGCUAGUUCCUAUACCUCUCAGGUGGUCCACAUAUUCCUCUGUACAGGAUUUGUGCCUCUUAUCCCCAAGUGCUGCUGCAUUUGUGCCUCUUAUCCCUCCCUCCUCUCCCCUCCCGAGUGCCGCUGCACUGUCAUUUGCUGGACUUCCACAAGACACCCUCCCUCCCCCCCAACAAUUCCAGGUAGGAAAGGUCCCCAAGUGGGAGCUGAACCCAAUCUAGCAGCCAAAUUGUCUGUUAUUGCCCAAAGAAUAUUUUCUCAGACACUUGAGUACACUGGGAGCAUUGUAUCAAAGAAACAAGAUAAAAACUCUCCUUUUCACUUGCAUCUGCAGACAAAGCAAAAACUAGGCCAGGUGUAGACAUGGAAGGCUUUCAUUAACAUACUUAUCAGUAUAACUUUGUAAAGCACUGGUAGUGCUCCAAACCCACUUGUAUUGGCGCAUUUCAAAUUCAGAGCACUUUCAGAGCAUUACUCUCCCACCACCCAACACAUGUGCGCGCACGUACACACACAAGCCUGCAGCCAGAGAGCUGGAGAGCAUGAAUCCCUGUAUGCCUCUUAGCCUCUGGAGGUUUCCAAGGACAACUGGUAUCACAGUUUGAUUGCACAGGAGAGUACUAAUUGGCUGUCUGCUCUCCUUGUCCCCCUGCCCUCUCCCUCAAGAUUUGGGGAGCAGAGCACUGUGGGAUGCCAGAGGACUGAGCACUCUGGUGGAGGGUGCACCUAUUUCAGGAGGUGCUACAUCAGCACCCUCCCUAGCUGUAGCGCUCCACAGGCACUCAGCAUGCUUUGAAGAGAACAUCUGCUCGUGACCCUAAUAUGGAUACAGCUUACACUGGCAAAACAGUAUUUUUGCUCUUUAGUUUCCUUCACCCAGUCCCUGCAGGACAUAAGUUCUAACAGCAAAGGUGCAAUUUUGCUGCUAUAUCUGUGUCUGCAACAGCAGUUUUUGCUGCCAUAGCUGUGCUGAUUGGAAAUUAUACCCUUGUUGGAAUUGAUAUACCAGGCUGAGUUUGUAGCAUGGACCUGGGUGCUUUAUUUCUCUGUGAAUUUGAUGUGGAAUAUGGAAUACCAGUGUUUAAAAAUAAAUGAUAUAUG